GUAAAUCAAUACUGUAAAUACACAAGAGUUUCAAUUAUCUAAUCAAAGACAUUUUAAUAUUACACUUUAGUUUACACAUUACACACCAGUAAAAUACAGUAAAUUCCAAAUUCUUUUUGAUGAGGGUGAGCAUUCUCCAAAUAUUUGGAGGUAGAUAUUUUGAUCAUUUUUUAUCACUUUAAGAUCGUGAUAAUAGCGAAUAACUUAAAUAUUCUUCACUAGGUUUGAGAUACUUUUAACCCAACCGUUUUCUGUAUAUAUAAGCGUAUAUAGUCGUGCCUUAGAUUUGUUUAUGCACUUCCUUCACAAAUCUUCCUCUCUUUUUUUUCCACCAUAAACCAUGAAAAGCUCCAUGUUCCUCGUGGCAGCAGCUUUCCUCUGCCUCGUAAUUUUUCCGACCAUAACCUUAGGAAAAGACCUGAGAUUCUGGCCAAACCCCAUCAAAGGAUGGCCACAUCCGUCGAAUACCUACAGAAACUUAAUGUUAACGAGCACUUCCCAUAAAUUCAACUAUGGAGAUUCCAAAGUCUGGAAGUGUACUCAUAGCAACGGAUCUGCUCCAGCCAUUUCCAUUUCCAUUUCUCCGUCAACACCGUCAGCUUCGCCUCCAGCUCCCAAAACGUCUCCUCCUCCACCGACACCAUAUCCUCCUCCUCCAACUCCCAAAAUAUCUCCACCGCCGCCUACACCAUCUCCCAAAAUGUCUCCACCGCAGCCAACACCAUCUCCUCCAACUCCAACUCCCAAAAUAUCUCCACAGCCAAGACCAACAACUGCACCUUCGCUUUCAACACCCAAAAUGUCUUCGCUGCCACCUACACCAUCUCCUCUUCCAACUCCCAAAAUAUCUUCACCCCCACCAACACCGUCUCUUGCGGCUCCAACUCCAAUGAAGUCUCCAUCUCCACCGCCGCCAACACCCAAAAUGUCUUCGCUGCCACCUAUACUAUCUCCUCUUCCAGCUCCCAAAAUAUCUCCACAGCCGCCUACACCGUCUCUUGCGACUCCAACUCCAAAGAAGUCUCCAUCUCCACCGCCACCAACACCAUCUCUUCCGCCUCCAACUCCCAAGAAGUCUCCAUCUCCUUCGCCACCAAGCGGUGGUGAUGAGUCAUCCUCUCCUAGCGAGCCAUCAAAUCCACCUCCGGAACAUCAUCACCAUCAGAGUCCAUUGGAACACUUUGGAAGUUGUGUGAGAAACAUGGGACCUGUUGGAGAAUGUCGUGGGCAGAUGGCGUUUAGUUUCUACACGAGGAUGUUUCAAGUCAGUGACUAUUGUUGCAAUCUUGUCGUCAACAUGAAAAAUGAAUGCGAAGAUGCCAUUUGGGGAUAUUUCACCGAUCCCUACUUUGUUUCUCUAGUUCGUUUCACUUGUCACAUCAUGUACUAAUUUUUUUUUUUCAUUUUGAUUAGUUUUUUUUUCUUUAAUGGUUUUGUUCUUGUUUUGGUUCGUUUAGUCAUGCAAUAGUGUUGUCGUCUAUAUCCUAUGGACGCCUCUUUCGUUAUACGUUUUAAUUAAUGAAUAUAUAUGGCUUUCUUUCUCUUUUCUUCUUUUUCUUUUGUAUCCGCAACUGACAUGUUAAAAACCAAUAAA